AGUGUAUCAAAUUUCUGAACCCUAGCUUACCAUAAUCGUUGUUGAUAUUCUUCUAUGGAGAACAACGAAAUCCCAAUUCGGCUAUUUAUGUCUCAUCCCAAAAAGCUAAACUCACCUCUUAUGAGUGACUUGAGACCUAUAAGCCUGUGUUCGGUUCUAUACAAGGUGGUAGCAAAGAUCCUAAUGGCCAGCAACUCGUUGAAAUCUUCCGUGGAAAAUUUAGUGGGAGGAAGGUUAAAAAGAUCUUCCAAGUAGCUCAACAAAGGAUGAAUGAAAAAUAUGAAGCUGAUGCAUUCAUUGAGUCAUGCGUGAGGAAAAUUGAUCGAGCUAUGGAGGCUACAGCAGAUAAAUAUGCAGAUUUCCAAUGUGUGUAUGAUGAGUUAAAGUUGUGUUUAAGAAAAUGCUUUACAAUAUCUGAGAUACAGAGUCAUAUGGAGACUUCCUUUGGCUUACCUGGAAAUGAUACUGAGGAGUUAAUUAUUCGCGCAAUUCGUCCGUUUCAUACGGCUUAUCUUCUCUUUGCCGAAGAUGCUUCUCGACAGCGACAAGAAGUACCAGAGGUUGAGGAAAACACUGGUGGGAAUGAAGGUGGAGAAAUAUAUGUAGAGGAACCAGAGGCAGUAAUUGCUGGAGGGAUGGACGAGCAUCAUGUUGUUACUGAUGCUGAGAGUGCAAGUCAGUCAAGUGGUAUCAGGGAAGGUCAGGUUGAAGUAAAUGCUGGAGGGAUGGACGAGCAUCAAGUUGUUACUGAUUCAAGUGGUAUCGGGGAGAGUCAGGAAAUUUUAAAUCCAAAUCCAGUUCUAAGCCGAAAUCAGAGGAAAACACAGAGGAAGAACCAGAGAAAGCAGGAGAAAAAGAGGGAGACAGCCAAUGUUGGUAGAACUGAGCCAACCAAUGAGACCACCAGUGUUGCUAAAAAUGAGCCAACCAAUGAGACCACCAAUGUCGGUACAAAUGAGUCAACCAAUGAGCCAACCAAUGUUGGUGGUGAGCUAACCAAUGUCGGUAUUCUUUCUUCUCUUAAAGAAGUUGUGGAAUCUGUUGAGAUUCUAAAAAGUGAAAUGAAAGGAAUCAAAAAGGACUUGAGUGUACUAAAUUCACUCCCUAUGGAGUUGAAGGAGAUUCUUCAUAAGCAUAAUGAAGUGCUUAAGAUUAUUCCGGAUUUGCGAACAAAGCCCGAACUAUAGAGAUGGUCGAGUCUUCUUUGAAGAGGCUUGUUGACAGUUCAAUAGUUUCCACUUUGGCGGAAGCAACCGUAAGAGCAAUUGGCACUGGUAUUUUUAGUAAGGAUUCAGGAAGGGUUGAAAGGGUCUGAAGAUUCUGUUGUGGAAAAUGUCACGUCAAAGUAUUUGCAACGCUCUUCUUCUCUCUGAUCGUCUCUAGAUGUUGCUGUUUCAACUGUCUAGGGUUUUACAUUUUUUCACUCGCCUGGAAAUCUAUCGAGUUAUGAAGAAAUACUCUGUUUUUAUUCAAUCGUCUUAUUAGUUGUUUUUUUAAAAUUAAGAAGUUUGGGCCAUUGGAUAUUAA